GAUCUUUGUGAAUAUUUUGGUUGUCGCGUGACACGGUUGAGAGAGCGAGUUGUACGCAAGAUCAGAAUAUUGCGUCAGUAACAUAAACAUACAAAAUUUCUUGCGAAUAAUGACUCUGUGAUCGAUUCAUAUCACGUAGAAAAUGAUUGGACUUCGAAAUGUAACUAACGUACCCCUGUUAGCGGUAUUUUCCUGUGAUAUACGACAAGCAUUCCUGAAAGAUGUACGAUGCGGGAAUUCAAUUUUGCAAAUUAGUAGGGCUCUGACAGCUGCAAGCAGAAAAGAACUUGCUCCUGCCAAACGCCCUCUUUAUCUGGACGCACAAGCUACAACACCAAUGGAUCCACGAGUGUUAGAUGCAAUGCUGCCGUAUAUGACAUGCUAUUACGGGAAUCCACAUUCACGAACUCAUUAUUACGGUUGGGAAGCAGAAGCUGCAGUAGAAAAAGCUCGCAAACAAAUAGCAGAUCUGAUUAAAUGUGAUCCCAAAGAGAUUGUCUUUACAUCUGGUGCGACUGAGUCAAAUAAUAUUGCUAUUAAAGGUGUUGCAAGAUUUUAUAAAAGCAAAAAGAAACAUGUUAUUACAACACAGACAGAACAUAAAUGUGUACUGGAUUCUUGCAGAGCUUUGGAAGCGGAAGGUUUUGAUGUCACUUUCCUUCCUGUAGGACCUAAUGGUAUUAUAUCACUGGCUGACUUAGAAGCGGCCAUAAGGCCAGACACUGUUAUUGUGUCAGUGAUGAGUGUGAAUAAUGAAAUUGGAGUGAGACAACCGAUCAAGGAAAUAGGAGCACUAUGUAAAGCAAAGAAUGUAUUCUUCCAUACUGACGCUGCUCAGGCAACAGGAAAAAUUCCCAUUGAUGUCAAUGCAAUGAAUAUAGAUCUCAUGUCUAUUAGUGGUCACAAAAUAUAUGGACCAAAAGGUGUAGGUGCUCUGUACAUUCGUCGUCGACCAAGAGUGCGAAUAGAACCUUUACAGAGUGGAGGUGGUCAAGAGCGGGGCAUACGCAGUGGCACUGUUCCUGCUCCAUUAGCUGUGGGUCUUGGUGCAGCUUGUGAAGUUGCCAUGAGGGAAAUGGAUUAUGACCACAAAUGGAUCACGAUGUUAUCACAACGUCUGUUGGACAAAAUUUUUAAUAAUCUGACCCAUGUUGUUCGGAAUGGGGAUCCUGUCAGUUCUUAUCCUGGAUGUGUUAACUUGUCAUUUGCUUAUGUCGAAGGAGAGUCGCUGUUAAUGGCUCUGAAAGAUGUUGCACUGUCUAGUGGUAGUGCGUGUACGUCAGCCUCCCUUGAACCAUCCUACGUCUUGCGUGCCAUUGGUACGGAUGAAGAUCUAGCUCACUCAUCCAUUCGAUUUGGCUUUGGCCGUUUUACAUCAAUGGAAGAGACUGAUUAUACAGCAGACCUAACAAUUAAACAUGUUACCAGAUUACGGGAGAUGAGCCCUCUUUGGGAAAUGGUUCAGGAAGGUGUGGAUCUAAAGCAGAUAAAGUGGUCUCAACAUUAAAAGGCGCUAAGGAACUUCACAAGCAUUUCUGUGCAGCUGUACGGAGGUGCUGUGUGAAAAAUAAAAAGUUAUGAAAUUUUGUAAAUUAUGUAUCUGUGUAAUUCAUUAUUUAAUGUAUUAAAACUGCAAGUUGUUCAAUUGUUCCUACUGUUCUGUUGUAGAGGCAAACGUAUUUGCCCACAUUUUGCCAUUCCAUGUACACUUCAUGUUGAUUGAUGUAGGGCAGGCAAAUGAGAAUGAGGCAGAUGGAAAAAAGUAAGUAAAAUGUUAUUGUUUCAAAAGUAACUGCCAUAAUUUUAAAUACAUUUGUCCCACUGUGAGACAAGACAGCCAGUUUAUUCAUGGAAAAAUGUUUGCAGUUGCCUACAGGACCAUGAUUGUACCUAAGCAAUGAACCUCUUUGUCUGAAGCAAAUCAGUGGACACGAAUGUCUGUUUUCAGGGCUCCACUAAUAUGGAAACCACAUUGGGAGAGAUCAGGACUAUAUGGAGGAUGUGUCAGGGAAGUUCGCAUUCUCCAUACAGUCCCAUUCUCUACUCGUGCAAUUUCCAUGUUUUGGAACCCUGCUUUUUUUUAAAAAAAAAGACGUGCAUUCGUGGGUACAAUUGUGGUUCCAUAGGCAGUCGCAAACAUUUUUCCAUGAAGGCAUGAUUGACCAUCUUGCCUCACAGUGAGAUAAAGGUAUUAACAGUUGUGGCAAUUGUUUUUCAAAUAAUAAACAAUUUUCUUACUUUUUUGGCAUUUGCCUCACUUUCAUUUAACUGCCCCAGAGAGAGAGACAGAGAGAGAGAUGAUAAACUUUAUAAUGCCAGAAAAAUAGUAAAUAAAAACAGUGUGGCGCCAUAUGCACUUACAAGCUUUUGGACCAUGGAGUACCACAUGUAUGUGAAAGACAAGUUAAGCAGUUAGUUUGCAGGCUACAUUUGAGACAUCCAGGGUCAGAAAUGAUAUGUUGUCUCUUUGAAAGCCAUAAAUUAAUUUACCUCCGCCAUACAUUUCCAUCCUUGGUGUUCUUUAGUCCCUGUGAUAGAAGGUUGUUUGGAUAAUGUAAGAUUUACUACUUGUUACUCGUAGUGUGACAUGCCAAACAUUAAUAUUAUAGUCAUUUAGGGCACAAGGGAUGGUUCACUUGCACAAAAGUUCUUGGUGGCAUGUGCUUAAGAUUUACUGAAUAUGAACAGGACUUCAGUAGUUCAUGCUUUUGGUAUACAGAGAUGUCCAUAAUUUUUUAACUGUUUGAUAUUAGUGGAAUAAAGUUUUAUUUGGAAAUUUAUCUUGCCAUACAGCGUUAUUUUUCUCUGGUAUGUUGCUUGGCUAUUACUGGGGUAAUAUUGGCAGAAGUGACAGUACCGCUUUAAGUAAACAAGCCAGAAAUUCAUACAGAAUACUGUUGGUGUAUAGUAUAAAAUGGAGCACGAAUCAGGUUCCAAUUACUGGGUAAUUUUCUUUUUCAAACAAAGCAUAUUAAGAAUUAGUGCCUAUAUAGUUAUUUCAAAUAACAAUAAUAAAAAUAAUAAUAAU